CAGCACCCACAGCAGCACCCGCAGCAGCACCCCCAUCACCCCCCGCACCCCGGCCUGCAGGGCCCACACCCUCGACACCCACCACCACACCAUCGGAGUCCAGGCCGUGGACCACCUCAUCCCGGACACCGAUCUGCCCCAGACCAGGAUGAUGAAGAAGGAAUUUGGGCAUAACUAUUUCCAAACCAAAGCAAUGAUGUUGUUUAAUGGGACAAUUCAGUCACUAAAGGAGGAGCACAGCCAUGCCAUACAGAUGAAAUUCUACAUUGUUCACUUGGCCAGUCUUUACCUACACGACCCUUUUCCGAUCAUCACAAGCCGUGUUGCGAACAUACUGAAUGAAUCUCAAGAGAUCCAGUUUGAGGUAAAGAUUCCCAAGAAUGCCUUCAUCAGCAAAUUCAGAAUGGUUAUAGAGGGAAAAACAUAUGGUGGGGUUGUGAAGGGAAAAGAAGAAGCUCAGCAGCAAUACAAUCAAGCAGUAUCUCGAGGACAAAGUGCUGGACUGGUCAAAUCUGUUGGAAGGACUUUAGAGGACUUUAAAACUUCAGUGACGGUGGCUGCUUUUAGUAAAGUGACCUUUGAGUUGACCUACGAGGAACUGCUAAAGCGCCGCCUCGGCAAAUAUGAGCUACUCAUCAAUGCCCAACCGAUGCAGCCGGUGGCUGACUUCAAGAUGGAUGUGCACAUCCAAGAGAAAACAGGAAUUUCCUUCUUGGAGGUGAAAGGAGAUUUGAGCACCGGUGAUCUGGCCAAUGCCAUCAAAACCACCAGAGCAGACAAAGACGCAUGGGUGACCUUCUACCCCACACGAGAUCAACAGACCAAGUGUAAAAGCUGUGGAGAAAAUGGGUUGAAUGGAGACCUGCUUGUAACAUACGAUGUUGAGAGACGAAAUCCCAAAGGAGAAGUCAUGGUAUCAAAUGGCUAUUUUGUCCACUACUUUGCACCCUCUGAUGUUCCACGUAUUCCCAAAAAUGUGGUGUUUAUCAUUGACCGGAGUGGCUCUAUGCAGGGCAGAAAAAUAGACCAGACUCGUUUGGCACUGCUAAGGAUUUUGAGUGAUCUUGAUGAGGACGACCACUUUGGAUUGAUCACAUUUGACAGUGAAGUUAGCUUAUGGAAAAGUGAACUCCUCAAAGCUACUGAGACAAACCUGGAGAAUGCGAGAUCUUUCGUGAAGGAGAUCAGCGAUAGAGGAGCCACAGACAUAAACGCUGCAGUUCUAGCAGGAGUGGACAUGAUCAGUCGACAUCCACGAGAGGGAACAGCCUCCAUCCUGAUCCUGCUGACUGAUGGAGAUCCCACUACAGACACAGAAACACUGAUACAUACAAACACAAUCAACUUAAUGAAUAGAACAACACGCUUUGGAUAUGAUGUAAACUUUGACUUCCUGACAAAGAUGUCACUGGAAAAUGGUGGAGUUGCUCGUAGGAUUUAUGAAGAUUCGGACGCUGAUCUACAGCUGCAUGGCUUCUAUGAUGAAGUUGCGGUCCCUCUCCUCACUGAUAUUCAACUUAAAUACCCAGGAGGGACAAACCUUACCAAGACCAGCUUUAGCUUGUACUUCAAUGGCUCUGAGAUUGUGGUGUCAGGACAAAUCACAGACAACAGUGUGGAGAGUUUCACCACUGAAGUCAUCGCAGUAUCAAAAGGCAGUAAUGUGAAGUAUCAGGACACUAUAAUGACAAAAGACCCCAGUGAUGUCCCUCCUGAGAAUGAAGAUUUCAUGCAGAGACUGUGGGCCUACCUUACAGUGAAGCAGCUUCUGGAGAGACAGGUGCUUCUUAAAGGACAAGAGAAAGAGGAUGAAAAGAAAGAAGCUCUAAAACUCUCCCUAAAAUACCAGUUUGUCACUUCCCUCACCUCUAUGGUUGUUACUAAGCCACAGGAAGAGGAAGUAGAAGUUGCUGAGAAACCCGAAGAGGAAGGAAGGGAACAUAUUGACGAUGAUAUAUUUCCUGUUUACCAAGAUUUGUCUGUGGGAUACUCAAAUUAUUAUGAUUCAAUUCUUGAUGUACAGCCUACAUACAUCUCCCCAACUGAAACAAUGUAUACAACUACUUCCCCUGCUGUGCAAGUCAAUCGUUUCCUGCUGCCUGUUGUUGGUCAGUCUAAGCCACUUUGUUUUGAUAUUCCUGUUCCUCACAGACUCAGACUCCUACAGGAUUCAGCGUCAGAGUUCUCUAUGAACGGAGAGUCUUUGAGUGAACAAAAUGGAUUCCAUCAAAUUGCUUUUCAUUACAAAACUAACCAUCACUUGAUAAUAAGCACAAAGUCUAUCAGUUACCGUAAUGGCCAGGACAAUGUUGAGUUUUUGUGGGGCCAGGAACCAACCCAAUACAAUACAGAUAGUGUGUCUCUGGUUGUUCUGAAAAGUGAAAUGAAUGUUACCAUGGGAAAUAUAGGUGUUAUUAUUCUUUCUCAUAAGAAAGAUGGGGUCAUGUUUUUGUGGCCUGCCAUUUGGGAAUAUUCAAAAGAUGCCAACCUGACAGGUGUUUUAGGAAAGGCUGAUAUUUCAUAUGAGGAGGCUGAAGGAUCACAAACACCAACUCUAAAGAUAAAGGACAAGGAGGUGAAGACAUCUUUGGAGACUGUCAGUGAUUACAGAUCACAUUCAACUCCUGUUCGAGAAUGCUGGCUUGUACCGUUCCAGGCUCUGAUGGAGGCAGAGAUUUCUGAUUUCACUGUCACUCAGCUGUAGAGUAGACAAACAGUG